UUUUUAAUUUGUAAUUUGUGUAAAAUAUAUUUCUUUUUUUAAAAAAAACUUAUCAGUAACCAAGAAGAAAGAGAAUCAUAUGAUAUUCACUUCGGUCAAACUCGAGUCGACGUCAUGUUAUAUGAUUUGUUUUGCUGUUGAUUCAAAUAAGGAUAUCGAUCAUUUCACUCUCUUUUUUUCUUUUUUUCUCUUUGAUUUUCAAUGCUUAAAAAGAUAUUUAGUUCGAAACGAAAACAUCAAGAUUCAGGCACACGCCACACUAUGUCCAGAAUUAGCAUGGACCCUGCCUCCGCAGCAAUUUUAACACGCCACUUUUCUCCAUUAUCUUCAAGAGUCAAAUCACCUUCAGAUCUUUUGGAUAUUAUAGGUUACCCAGUUACAUCUGUCAAGAACAAUUCACCUUCGCCUUCAGGCCAAACUCAGUCAAAGUCUGAAGAAAAAACCUCUCCGCAAUACCGACUUAUCAUACGAAAUAACGCAACUCCAAAUACACCAUCAUCUGCAUCAGACAGUCAAUCUAUUGUACUACUAGAAACCAGCCGAGAAGAUAAAACACUGGUUGAAUUAGGUAUACACACCACAGAACAAUGUACCGCUGAAUUGUCACUAGACAAUGCAGAAUUAGAGCGACUGCAUCAGAAAAUCUUGGAGUUUGAGCAUGAAAGGGAAGUUUGGCAUCAAAAGUUUCAAGAUUAUGCUGAACGCGAAGAACAAAUGAAGAAAAUCAUUCAAGAAAAUCAAGUUCAAAUCAAUCAACUUCGAUCUAAUACAAAUAUACCAUUGCGCCAUAAUUCUUAUCGAACCUUGUCUACUCGUUCUUCAUGGCCUACAGACGAUGAAGAUGAUGAUGAAGAAGAGGAAGAGAACGAAGAAGACUGUUAUAUCAUGCCACAUUUUCCUCUAUAUCGAAUCGAAAAUAAUAGCAAUGAAGAUUACCUGCAGCAUAUUUAUCCACCACAUUAUUACUACUAUUAUAACAAUAAUCCUCGCAAAGCAAGAUAUUACUACCAUCCUUCCCAUCCUUUUCCCCAGCACUGGCAGCAAUGGAGAUCAGAGCAGCAACAUCGCUUCUAUUAUUAUGAUUAAUAUUUUAAUAGCCAAUAAAACUAAACAUCUAUACUUGGGGCAUAAGAUAUAUCUUUUGGGUGUCCUGGGGAGGAAAACAAAGGAUCUGUAGCUGGAUUUAUGCGGAUCCUUUUCCCAGUUUGGUAAGUUGGCCGCGGUCUUGAUAAUUUAGAUACGGUCACAAUGCGUACAUACAAACAUACACACACGUACAAUGAAUAGUAUAAAUAAAGUUGACUUGGCC